AUGGAAGAAGUUUCAAUGGUUUUGCAGCCAAUCUCACUGAAUCUGAAAGAGUUAAGCUUACUAGUGAGUUUUGAUGUAACCCAAUCAAGUAGGGAUGGAGUAGUUUCGGUAUUCCCAAACGAGCUUUUGCAGCUUCAAACGACAAGAUCUUGGGAGUUUAUGGGAUUUGGUGACAAUAUCAAACAUGUCCCUGAGAUCGAGAGCGAUGUAAUAAUCGGUGUGAUCGAUGGCGGAAUCUGGCCUGAAUCUCGGAGUUUCGCAGAUAAUGGAUUCGAACCGCCACCGAAAAGAUGGAAGGGCACUUGCGCAGGAGGGCACAACUUCACAUGCAACAAGAAGGUGAUCGGAGCACGGUACUAUAUCGAGGAUUCCGCGAGGGACAUUCGGGGUCACGGCUCACACACGUCUUCCACGGCGGCCGGAAACAGAUUAGAACGGCAGAGUUUCCACGGCUUAGCACCGGGGACGAUGAGAGGCGGUGUGCCUUCUGCUAGAAUUGCUUCAUACAAAGUUUGUGGGCCUGACGGUUGUACCGUGGAGGCAAUCUUGGCUGCGUUGGACGAUGCUAUAGCCGAUGGGGUCGAUGUUAUAACAAUCUCUAUCGUGGGAGAUAACUAUGCUUUUGAUAAAGACACUCUAGCCAUAGGAUCGUUCCACGCAAUGUCGAAAGGGAUUCUCACCGUCGCAUCUGCCGGAAACAGUGGACCUAGUCCCGGAAAAGCAUGUAACAUUGCGCCGUGGAUACUCACUGUGGCUGCGAGUAGCACUGAUCGGAAACUCGUCACCAAAGUUGUUACCGGAGAUGGCAAGACGAUAGUUGGCAUAUCAAUCAAUGUCCUCGAAGGUGAAGAAAAGUAUCCUUUCGCUUAUGGGAAAACUGCUUCAAGCUCAUGUACUCAAGAACAAGCAAGGAAUUGCGAUAAGGGUUGCCUCGACUUGGUGAAGGGAAAGAUCACGGUGUGUGAUAAACAGACCGAUGUUCGUGAACUUAAAGCCAAAGGAGCCAGAGGAGUUAUCUAUAAAGUAUCUAUUAAUGAUCAUCCUCGUCUUAAUCCUAUCCCUGUGGUCACUUUAGAUGAUACCAACUAUCAAUCACUCAUUUCUUACAUCACCUCUAAUCCAAAUCCAGUAGGAUGCAUACUGAAGAGUGAGACGGUUAAGGACACAGAUGCUCCCAUUGUUGCUUCUUUUUCUUCUCGUGGUCCAAACACUAUCGUUAGCGAUAUUUUGAAGCCGGAUAUAACAGCUCCGGGGGUGAGUAUAUUCGCAGCAUAUUCACCGGUAGCAGCCACAGCGAUCGGAGAAAGCGUGGAUAGCUAUUUCUUGUCAGGGACGUCAAUGUCUUGCCCUCAUGUCGCAGGUAUAGCUGCUUAUGUCAAGACACUCCGUCCUCAUUGGUCGCCUUCCGCUAUCAAAUCCGCUCUCAUGACUACCGCUUGGGGGAUGAAUGGUUCAAGAAACAUAGGAGAGGAGUUUGCGUAUGGAUCAGGACAUGUUAACCCGAUAAAAGCUGCUGAUCCAGGGCUUGUUUACGAAACAAGCAAAGAGGAUUACUUGAACAUGCUCUGCUCUCUCAAGUACACAUCACAAGCCCUUGGUACCAUCUCGGGCGGCAACUUUACUUGUUCUAAAGAAUCUAAGCUUACCGUGAGAGAUCUAAACUACCCUUCAAUGGCAGCCAAAGUGUCAUCUUCUUCGGAUAUCACGUUUUCAAGAACGGUCACAAACGUUGGGAAAGCUGGAUCCACGUACAAGGCACAGUUGAGUUCGGAUCCUAGACUAAGCAUCAGAGUCGACCCAAACACGCUCUCGUUUAACUCUUUGGGCGAAAAGAAGUCUUUCAUUGUUACAAUCUCCCGUAACGGUCUUUCGAGUAUCUCUGGUAUCGCGGCCGGAUCUCUGGUUUGGUCGGACGGAUCUUACUCCGUGAGAAGUCCAGUUGUUAUCUAUUCUUAG